AUGAACGACCAAGAAAAAAUAACUGCUGCUCAAAUCAGCGAAAACCAAGCCAAUUUAAAAGCCAAAUAUGAGCUGGAAAUUGAAACCGCCCGGCAAGCAACCUUAAAAGCCAAAAAAGAAUUGACCGAUAAAGAUGAUGAAAUCUUCGAACUGCAAAAGCAAAAUAAAAGGCUAAACGAGGAAAGCAAAAAGGCUGAAAAUGAAGCGAAGAAAGGGGGUGAACUAGAUAAUGAACAACCCCAUCUUAGAAAACCUCCAACAAAAAGUAGUCCAAGAACAGCCUACUUGGAAAGCAAAGACUUUAAAAAGCUCCCGGCUGUUUUCUCUUGUAAGCUCCCUAUCUUCAUGGACGAAGUCUUUAACACCAUCUUCCACAAAAAGAAGAUGAAACAAGCUCUCCAAAGCCCCGCCCACCAAACGGCUCUUAUUGACCGGCUUAUCGACUCUAUGAAAACCAAAGCCAUCACCGCUUUAAACCGUAAGCUCGUAGAAAUCAUUUCCGAUAAAGAUAACUACAAAGACUCCGCCUGGGAAGAAAUAACCGCCGAGGAAGCGAACAUUGACAACCUAGACAAAGCUAUCGUAAUCUUAAAAAAAAUCAAAGCGGCCUAUAACGCCAUGGACGAAUCUAAAGUUCUCACUAUCGACCCGGACUUCUUGGACGACCUGGAAAUUCACUUCCUUGCCGAUGUCGCCCGCGAUAGUAAUCUUAAUCCUUAUAAGCUAUUUAAAGAAGUUAUCGUCAAAAAACUAGAAAACAACGUCCUAGCCACCAUCCACGAUGAAAAGUCCGUCUUCUACCGCAUCAUCAACCCCGAUGAAAUCCAGCAUGAAAAAACCCUCGGCGGCGGCAUGGAAAAGUUUGCUUAUCAUGUGGAAGUCCAAGACCUAGUUAACUUAGAAAACUCCAUUGACGCCCAAAUCUUAGCCCAAGAACGAGAAAAAAACGAAAACCUACAAAAAGCCCUCGAUAGCUUAGUGGAAGUUUUAGGGAAGGAGGAUAUUCAUACUCUGACCGACUUAAAAGCUCUCUUACAAGGACAAACCCUUAAAAACUUAUUAGCCCUUAAUCAGCAAAAGCAUAACGACUUAGAAGCUCAGCUAUUAAACCUCGCCAAACAAAAAAUAACUAAGCAAAAACAAGCCACCGAACUCUUAAACCACCUAGAAAGCCAUUGA